AUGUCUGACCGGAUCUUCUAUAUUAACUCUAACUUAUCCUCUGUCCCCUGGGAGGGCUGCACUGCAGCACCACUGCCUCCCACUUCUCCUCUCCAUGGUUACUACCAUGUCCUCUACCGAGGGUAUGGAGAAGCACAGGUGGGCUGGCAUGGGGAGACGUACUGCUUGGUUGGUGGCUACCGGCUCCACGGGGAUGCUCCUUUGCCCACACCAGCAAAGGCCGAAGCAGAGAAGCCAGCCCCCAGAGUUUCCAGCCCGGCUCCCAAGAAGCACCAGACUUCCAAGAUAAGUCAGACUAUGAUGGAGGCAGACAAAGAGCUAAGUUGCCGUAGUUCCAAAAUUCCACGCUUGCAGCAUAGUGGCAGGAGGCAGCCCCAGAAAAACCUUGCUGGCUGA